AUGGCCCUGAGCAUGCUCUGGGCUGGACAGGCUAAGGGGACCCUGGGCGGCUGGGGCAUCACCUGCCUGGUGAUAUCUCUGCUCCUCCAGCACCCAGGAGUGCACAGCAAGUGCUACUUCCAAGCUCAAGCCCCCUGCCACUAUGAAGGGAAAUAUUUCACCCUGGGCGAGUCUUGGCUCCGCAAGGACUGUUUCCACUGCACCUGUCUGCAUCCCGUCGGUGUGGGCUGCUGUAACACAUCCCAGCAUCCUAUUGACUUCCCUGCUGGCUGUGAGGUACGUCAGGAGGCAGGAACGUGCCAGUUCUCCCUGGUGCAAAAAUCUGACCCUCGGCUGCCCUGCAAAGGGGGAGGGCCCGACCCAGAGUGGGGCUCAGCUAACACCCCUGUUCCUGCGGCUCCUGCUCCCCACUCCAGCUAAGCUCAACGGACUGCCCUCUGCGGACUGC